CUGCAACCUUGGCAGUCUGAGAACUUCAUCGACAGCAUUACUAUGCAAUUUAGCAACCAAUACUUCACGUCAAAAAGAAAUCAGCACAACGGUGCAGCUUUAGCCCUCGCUCAGAACGUUGACCCUUUCAGUAUUCUUGCUCGUCGUCAGGGUCAAGAUUGUUUGCACCUUCAAGACAAUCAGGUAGGAUACUAUGAGUGA